UGAUUACCUUUUUAUAUUGAAUGAUUCUUUUUUUGCUGCUACGGAGUGUAUGGACUGGAAAUAAUAUAGUUCUUCGGCCCUCUCGGUACUUACAUAUUGUCUUUGUGGGGAGCUCUUGUUUCAGUGUGAAUUAUUUUUCUUGCUUGAGCUGCUUCAGCCGCCAUGAACGACGGUCACCAACUUGCGGAUAAUGGUGGGUCAGUAGGAGGAGCAGUAAGAAGAGAUGGUUGUGGAGUCAACCAAGUUGCAGAACGAACAACGGGGCCUAUUAGGUCCAGAUGGAGCCCAAAGCCGGAGCAGAUUCUCAUCCUGGAAUCCAUCUUCAACAGUGGGAUGGUGAAUCCACCAAAGGAUGAGACAGUCAGGAUCAGGAAGCUUCUCGAGAGGUUUGGGUCAGUUGGUGAUGCAAACGUGUUUUACUGGUUUCAGAACCGCCGCUCCCGUUCACGCCGCCGCCUUAGACAGAUGCAGUCCGGAAUCCAAGCCUUGAUCAGGGAUGAAAAGAGCAGUUUCCACGUCGACCCGGCACCUUUCUGCUCCUCGUCAUCAUCAUCAUCAUCGUCCUCUUCCUUUUCACCCUUUUCUCCUCCUCUCCUUCAUGAUUCGGUCUCGCCUCAUCUCCCUCAGGGUAACGCCGCUGCUCUUGGUCCGACCUCUGGUCAUGGCGGUCUCUCUGUUAACGACACGUAUUCUGCAUCCCAUCUACCUGUUGACGAGGCCGUGAACGUUUAUCCGGUAUCCAAAGAGUUGGGGUCACAUCAUAUUGACCAACCUUACCUUGUCUCUUCCAUCCUCACGCAAUCGUCUUCUGCAGGUUUUCAUUAUCAAUCUGAGCUGAUAACAGUGUCUAUCAAUGGAAUCAUUUUCCAAGUUCCAAGGGGACCGUUCCACAUGCGGGCAUUGUUCGGCGAAGACGUCAUCUUGGUCCAUUCAUCGGGAGAUCCUAUUCAUGUUGAUGUUUCGGGAGUAUCAUUGCAAGGGCUGCAACCUGGCGAAAGCUACUUUCUGGUAAACGUUCCCUUUCCUUUUCCUUUUCGGGAAACCGUAAAGUUUACGAACAUUUUGUUUUUUGCUUUUUGAACCUCUCACUGUUUAGAAUAUCACGCUUUUUCUUUAGCCUUAGUGGAGAGUAUCUUAUUUUA